AUGGACGACGCCAAAGUUCUUGCCGCCGGUCUCGCCUACAAUGCGGGGGUAGCUGUCGUAGCGGCCUGCGCGCACACCAUCAGAGACUUGGCCAUACAAAUCACGGAACACCUCAGUGGAUCCGGUGUAAUGCAGGGCAGCAAAUUUGGGAUGCUCCAAGGCGGCGUCGGUGACGGUUUCUGGGUUACCCGGAAGGAACUGAAUGACGUUCGGAGGCAGACCUGCUUCCUCCAGGAUCUUCUUCUGUAA